ACCUGCGGCACAACAGCCUCAGAAACGGCCGCGCCCCCUCCGCGAUCCCAAAACCUCCCGAAUCCCCACAAAAAAACCCCAAAAACUUCCAAAAAAACCCCCAAAAAACCCAAAACCGCCCCGGAAUCCCCCAAACCUCUCCCGCUGCCGGCGCUACCUCCGCCUGCGCCGCCAUCUUGGUGACGCACGGCGUCCGCGUGACGUCACUUCCGCCUCCUUCUUCUCCCGGCAGAGCCCCGCGGACGCCGCAGCCAUGUCGCUGGUGAUCCCCGAGAAGUUCCAGCACAUUCUGCGGGUGCUCAACACCAACAUCGACGGGCGCCGCAAGAUCGCCUUCGCCAUCACCGCCAUCAAGGGCGUGGGGCGGCGCUACGCGCACGUGGUGCUGCGCAAGGCCGACAUCGACCUGACCAAGCGCGCCGGGGAGCUCACCGAGGACGAGGUGGAGAGGGUGAUCACCAUCAUGCAGAACCCCCGGCAGUACAAGAUCCCUGACUGGUUCCUCAACAGGCAGAAGGACGUCAAGGAUGGCAAGUACUCCCAGGUGGGUCCCCAGCUGUCCCCAGCUGUCCCCUCACCUGCCACACCUGGCCCCAGCUGCCCACAGCUCCCUGCUCCCUGAUUUUUCCCAAUUUCC